ACACCACGACACAACGAUUUCGCUAACGUCGAGGAGCUCCAAAGGAGGAUCGACGAAUAUUGGAUCGUGCAAGAAUCGAUGAAAGGCUUGCCGGAGCACACCCUUGCCGUGUUCCCUGCCGUGCUGAAAUCUGAUCUCAAGGAAGGAGAGACUCAGGGAAAGGGGAUGAAGCUGGCGCGGGAUGGAGAUACGCUCACCCUCAAUCCUGCUCUGUGACGCAUUGUCAGUGUCUGCAUUUGGCCCCAUGCAAGUGUUGACUGCCGCCUCGCCACCACUUCGCGAAGAGCUGUUUUUCGACCGAAAAUUGUGGUCCCUGCUUGAUCGCCGUUGGUAGGGGCAAGUUCCCCACUCCGGGCUCGCGCCGUCUAUCCGCAGCAACUAGCGAAAGGUGUUCGUGCAGCUCGAGAUUUG